GUUCAAGCUUUCAUGGGAGGUACCAGUCGCGGCGGCGGCGAUGUCUGGUGUUGUCCCAAGAAGAAGUGCGGUUUCAAGAACAACUUCGCGUUCAAGAAGUAUUGCUACAUAUGGGACUGGGCUCACGGGGCACCGCGGCAGAAGGACGCCAAGCCCAAGGUCCCGCUGCUCGAUUCCUCUCAGCUCUCCGUGUUCGUCAAGAUGUCCGAUGCGGACUUCGAGACCUCCAAGUCGCUCCUGGGCCCUUCGCAGCGGGCCAGGGUCUUGGCCCAGAGGGCCUUGGUGGCGGGUGACCCCAAGGCGGUCGCCAAGCACGCCCAGAUGGCUUACGACGAGGCCAAGCGCGAGGCGUUGCAAGUGCAGCAGAAGGUCGACAAGCUUGAAGGUCACGUGCAGGAGAAGUUUUUGGAGCCCGUGGCGCUCAAGGCCAUGCUCGAGCAGGUCCAGGCGCAUGAGCUCGCGUGUGCGGCCAAAGCCACCUCGGCCUGGGCUGCUGCCAGCAGCGGUCCUGUGCGGGCUCGGCCUCCUGGCGGUGGUAUCGCAGAAGUUCAGCCCGCUGAUCCUGCCUUCGCUUUGUUGCUGCAGCUCGAGGCCAUGGACAAAGGAGGGGCUGGCGGCCAGCAAGCUUCCGCUCAUUUCUCGUCUUUUUUGCAGCGUCUCACCACCGACGAGGGAUGGGAUAAGCUCUUGCAGGCCAAGGGCUUGUCUCGCAAGCAGUGUGACAACAUCGUCGGUGGGCUCAAUGACGCUGCGCAGAAGAAGUUUAAGAAGGCGCAGAAGGUUUGGUCGAUCAUCACCGCCAACGUCGGCGGGCAAGUCGGCCUCGACGCGUACCUGUCGGAGUCCAUUUACAGUGAUGUUCUUUUGAUGCAGGAGUCCCGCAUGCUGCCCGCUGCCUCUCAGGCUCUUGGGUCCAAGAUGCGUGCUGCGGGGUGGUCGGCUUCCGCUACGGCUGCGCUUCCCACAGCUGGCAAUCCGUCUGGCGGGCUGGUCACGGCUUCAGUUGCUCGUGUGGGGAUAGCGCCGCUCGAGAAUUUCGACAGUCAGAUUGUGGCCGCUCGUGCAGCGGCGUUGCAUGUGGGUGGCAUGUUGCGUGGCGGCUUCCUCAUCGUUAACUUGUACCUGGUGCACUCUGUGGGCAUUGACGAGCAGAACUGGGCGAUUCUCUCGCGUGUGGGAGCUAGGCUCAAGGCUGCUGGCAUGCCCUUCAUUGUCGGUGGCGAUUGGAGUUGUACUCCAAGUGAUCUGGUCAAGACGUCGUUGGUUGACGUUCAGAAUGUGCUGGCUGACCUCAGUAGGUCGCCUGCUGGCGCCCAUAGGUCGCAGCUCGUCGCAGCUGCUGGGCGUCUCUCUCGCUUUCACCGUCUACCAGAGACGGCCGAGAUCGCCGCUUGGACGGCGAUGCUGAGGCAGGUUUUAUUCCUCCCGUCGAUCGAAGCUCUCGAAGACGAGUGGAAGCGUUGGUGGCAAGUCAGGGUCGAGCACCAGCCUCUCAAUUGGCCUGAGCUCGGGGACCCCCCUCCGCGGCCCACGUUUGGCCUUUUGCGCUGGGGCACCGAGUCCCGCGUGGUCGGUGACAUCACCGCCGCAGGCCAGCACCUGUUGCAGCAGCUGCGCCAGGUCGACUUAGAGUUCGCUCUCGACAAGUCUCGCGUCUUGAGCAAUUUCCCUACGGUUCGCGCUUCCAUUGCAGCCAAGUUGAAGAGCCUCCAGCCCCUGCCCGUCAGGUCUGAGCGUAAUCUCGGCGUGGACUACGGCUCGGGUAAGGUGGCUAGUCGUGGCACGGUCCGUGGGCGCGUUGCUUGCAUGAGGCCUAGGUUGGUCCGAAUGGGUUUCCUCAAGGGCACCAAGCCUCGUCGCCGCGUGCUUGGGCGUAUGGCUCGAGCUGCUCUGGAGUCUUCGGUCCUUUUCGGAGCGUCCGUCAUGGGUACCAAUGGGCAGGAGUUGGAGGUUCUUCGAGGUGCGGCUGGUAAGCUGCAGGACCACCGUCAGGAUGGCAAGUCUCGGACUUUGAGCCUUCUUGUCUCCCCAGUGCCCCGAUUGGACCCCAUCUUUAAAUCCACUUGGUUGCACGUGAAGUUCUACCUCCAUGCGCUCUGGCAUCGUUGGUUGCCCCAGGAGGCUUUGGAUUUCGGGCUCCGUGAGGCCCGCAGGCACCUUUCUGGGCUGGAGCACCCUUGGUCCUCCAUUAGGGGCCCCUUAUGCGCCCUGUGGGCCUCGCUCAGGCGUGUGGGUAUUGUUGCUACUUCGUCCUCGUCCUGGAUCUGGCCUGAUGGGACCGACGUCAACCCGAUGUGCUACUGCCCCGUCACUGUUCAGGAGUUCGUGUUGCGUGCUGUGGAGGCGUGGCAGCAUCGUAAGGUCGCGGAACAUCUCGAGGUUGAGGACUUCGCCAACGGGCUGAUCUUGGGACCCCUGAAGGCCCUCCUUGGCAGCAAGAGUAAGUUGUCGGCCCAGCAGCAGGGCCACCUCCGCAGUGCGAUCAUCGGUGGGCAGUGGCCACAGCAGAGGCAGUGGGCCGCGGGUUAUGGCACGACUCCCUCAUGUCUGCUCUGUCCCACGCAGGAGGGGACCCUGCUGCAUCGGCACUGCUCUUGUUCUCGCUUAGACAGCCUCGAGGGCAAGCCCAGCUUUUUAGCUGCAGCAGAGGCUGCGGCUACUACUUCAUGCAUCAAUGCUGCCGAGCUCGCUGCCGUCAUCAAUGUUCUACGUUUCGCGACUCCGCCUGUGCGUAUUUACACGGAUUCUGCCUUUGUGGCUGGCGGUUUCCAUGUGCGUGGCCCAGAAGCUACCCGUGCUUGUGUUUCUGCGCACGCUCAUCUCUGGAAGGAGUUUGAGAGGCUGGUGGAUGACUGGGGCGGGGGGAUUGAGAUCAGCAAACUCAAGGGUCAUGCGACCCUGGUCGAUGCGCAGGCAGGGCGAGGCUCCUCCGCGCGUCACCGAUACGGCAGUGCCAAGGCAGACGAGGCUGCCAAGAGCGCUGCUUCUUUUGCCAGGGUCUCAGAGGCUGCAGUCGCACAGCUUCAGGCCCGAUGCAAAGUCCUGCAUGUCUGGGGCUCCUGGAUCGCGCGUCUUUCAGAGGGGCUCGAGGACUGUGGGCACCCCAAGAAGCAUGCUCGUGAUCUGCCCCCAGUGCCCCGCUUGGUUCUCGUCAAGGAUCCCGUGGCCACCGAUCUGGUCAGUCGUGUUCUUGCCGCGCAGGUGAGCUGCUCGGGUAAGGUGCAUGCCCUUGCUAAGUUCCAGCGUUCAGGUGGACCGCUCGUGGUCGGCUGCACGCGUUGCGCGUGCUUUGCAGUGGCGAGGCUUUCUGGUUUGGCGAGCCCGUGCCCAUCCGAGGCCACGGACCACGCUCGCAAGACGUUGAAGAGGCUUGCGAAAGGCGAAUUCAGACUCAGUGGCAAAGUCUAUCGAGUUCAGACCUUGAUCAGGCUCCCUGUCCUGGCGGCCACGGCGGGUGUCUAG